UGACCUGCAAACAUUUCGAAGCAGAAACGCUGCAUAGUGCACGCUCUUGCUGCAAGAUGGCAAUGAAGUUGGCAUACUGGGAUAUACGCGGGCUUGCUCAACCAAUCCGUCUGCUGUUGGAAUACACUGGUACUAAGUACGAGGAGAAGUUCUAUUCUUGUGGUGACGCUCCCAACUAUGACAGAAGCUGUUGGUUUAAUGAGAAAGAGAAACUUGGGAUAGACUUUCCUAAUUUGCCUUACCUGGAGGAUGGUGACACAAAGGUAGUCCAAAGCAAUGCCAUAAUGAGAUACAUCGCCCGGAAAAACAACCUCUGUGGGGAAACGGAAGAAGAGCAGGUGAGAGUUGACAUCAUGGAAAACCAGGCGAUGGACUUCCGCAAUGGUUUUGUCCAGCUCUGCUAUGGAGACUUUGACAAAAGCAAAUCAUGUUACACUGAGAAACUGCCAGGAACUCUAAAACAGUUCUCUGACUUCCUUGGUGACAGGAAGUGGUUUGCUGGGGACAAGAUCACAUUUGUGGACUUUGUCAUGUACGAGUUGUUGGAUCAGCAUCGUAUGUUUGACCCAGAAUGCCUGGAUGACUACAAAAACCUUAGAUGUUUCCUGGAUCACUUUGAGAGUCUUGAGAAGAUUGCAGGAUACAUGAAGUCCAGCAAGUUCAUGAAAACACCCGUGAACAACAAGAUGGCCAAAUGGGGAAACAAAAAGGAGUGAAAAAAUGACAAGACUGGCUAGAUCAAACAUCAUAAGUUGCACCAUCAACUGCAAUACAGUUGAAGAGCACAUGUAGUGAUAGUUGUUUGAGACCACUAUUUUAAACCUUUUUUUGAACCGGCAAUUUAAGGAUAAUUAGUUAAAUUUACAUCCCAGUGAUACAGUUGACAUUAGUAUUGAUUAUAAAAUCAUAACAAAACAAUCCGAAAUCUCAGUUGUUGUCUAUAUACAUAAUGCAGUUGAAUAGCAAUGAUGUUUAGAUUAAAAGUGUUCAGGUGUGUGUUGCACUUUUGAUUUUUGUCUAUUUGAUGCCAUGAAAAGAAAAUAAGCAUUUCAUUGUUACUAUUUGGAUUGUAAUUCUACAUUUGAAUUGUAAACAAAGUAUUAAAUGCAUCACCUUAUUUUGACCCAAUAAAUCAGAGCACUUUUGUUCAA